GAACUGAGAACUGGAAAUCUUGCUACAGUUCGCACCUUCUUCCCCAAUGGCUCUCACUCUCUCUCCUCGGACUCCUCCCACAACCAUGUACGUACAGUCAACACACCAGCACCACGCGGCGUUUCCAAAUAGGAACACCACCAAUUCUAACAAUCGUAACUUUCUUCCCCCAAUUCAUCUCCACCGUUCAACUCCGCCGUCCGCCUCCAACCCCUGCCGCUGCCGGGCUGUUAGUCCCGGCCGCCAGCCGCCGCCAGAAUCUGAACCACCCAACGGAAAGGAUCCUUCCCCCUCCGAAGGCCUCACGGCAACUUUUGCUAGGUUGCAAGACACCGUACAGAUCUUCUUUGCAGUUCUUUUUUGGAUGUCUCUGUUCUUCUGGUCUUCAGUAUGGGAUGGAAGGAAUAACAAUGGGCCGGGCAAGGGAUCUCGAUUUCGAAGAUGAGUUAGUAAGAACUUAUAGUUUCCUACUUUUUUAUAAAGAGUUAGGGGGACAGUGUGAUAGUAUAUGUACAUGAGCAAAAGUUUAUAUAGUUCGGUAAAUUUGGGAUAUGCACUUGCCUUUAUUAACUCUUACUUGUUCAAAUAUUCUGGACCCAUUUGAUAAUGUAGAUUGCCUAUAAGUAGCAUAAAUCAAGUAAAUCAUUCAGAUUA